UUGGGGUGUCAACACCUCCCCGGCGCUGGGGAUGGAGCGUGUGUGGGGAGCUGGGGCCGUACUGGUGGUACUGGUGGUGCUGGGAGCCCCCCCGGCUGCAGGCGAGGAGCUCUCGGGGGUGUUCCAGGAGAUGUUUAAAUUCGAGUGUCACUUCAUCAACGGCACCGAGCGGGUGAGGGUGGUGGUGAGGAACAUCUACAACCGGCAGCAGUACGCCCACUUCGACAGCGAUGUGGGGGUCUAUGUGGGGGACACCCUGGAUGGGGAGUUCCAGGCGGCCAGGUACUGGAACAGCAUACAGGAAAGGUUGGAGUACCUGCGGGCUUUGGUGGACACGGUGUGCCGGCCCAACUACGAGGGGUUCACCCCGUUCAGUGUGGAGAGGAGAGUGCCCCCCAGCGUGUCCAUCUCGCUGAUGCCCUCCAGCUCCCCGCCCGGCCCCGGCCGCCUGCUCUGCUCCGUGAUGGAUUUCUACCCUGCAACGGUGCAGGUGAGGUGGUUCCAGGAUGGGCAGGAGCUGCCGGAGCACGUGGUGGCCACCGACGUGGUCCCCAACGGGGACUGGACCUACCAGGUGCUGGUGAUGCUGGAAAUCCCCCCCCGGCGCGGGGUCACCUACACCUGCCAGGUGGAGCACGUCAGCCUGGAGCACCCCCUCAGCCAGCACUGGGAGAUGCCACAGGACACCGUCCACAGCAAGAUCCUGGUGGGGGUCGGGGGCUUCGUGUUGGGCUUCGUCUUCCUGGUGCUGGGGCUCGGCUUCUACCUGCGGGAGAAGAGCUCCUGAGCCGGCGGCAGCCACAGCCCCUCCCUGUUGCCUCGGGCCCAGCCAGGACCCCCCAGUCCAUCCCCACUCGGAGUUUGGGGGGUUUGUGUGUCCCCCCCCGGCCCUGCUUUUGUUCUCACACCAGCCGCCUGCUACUCCCAGUGCUCCCAGUAAAGCUUCCCAGUUCUCUACAGUCCUGAUUGUUGAAGGGCAGGUGCCCUCCCAAAGCCCCCCCAGAAUCAGCUUAUGCCAAUUGUACAAUGGUUGGCACCCGUUGUCUUUCUGCUUCCAGGAGUGUGUAUUUUUCUGCCAUGUCUGGUACAGUGUUUUUGCAACUUAUUGGCUCAAACUGUAUCUGCUUUUUUUACAGAAAAAGGGGGAAGUGUAGGGAUUUUUAGUGCUAAUAUAGAGGAUAUGCUGCAACUGUGAGAACAUAACCUUAUAUUGCUAACUAGAGGAUAUACUGCUAUCAGAAUAUUAUCUUAUGUUUCAACUCUGAAAACAUGAUCUGUUGUUCUGAUGGUCUUCUGAUGGUACCAGGAUGUGAAAGAUCUACCAAGAGAAGCAGUAGCAAAACUGGAUAUAGAAAACAGGGUCUCAGUACCGGCUAUCAGAGUGGGAAAGGACAUAAAGAAUGUUAAAGAAACAGAGCUGAUAGAAGAGUAUUGUUAGAAAACUGGAUCAAAGA